ACACCAAUUUCUUUUCUAGGUAGUUUCUAAUAAUUUGCAAAGACACACACUUAUUUCUUUCCUCUGAUUUUUUUUUUCCAUCUAAUUUGUGUUUGCAAAAAUAUGGGUAUCAAACAUGAGUACAACCUUAUGUUCUCAAAGUACAACAUUGUUUAUUUGGUACUUGUUGCAUCCCUUUGUUAUGGGGAUGAUGGGUACAUCUGCUCAAGAGCAACCUAUUAUGGCAGUCCUGAUUGCUUGGGCAAUCCUAGAGGAGCAUGUGGAUUUGGAGAAUAUGGGAGGACAGUGAACAAUGGUUUGGUGAGUGGAGUGUCGAGGCUUUACAGGAAUGGAAGUGGUUGUGGUGCAUGCUAUCAGGUCCGAUGCAAAAUCCCAUCUGCGUGUACCGAGGAUGGGAUCAAGAUCGUGGUCACCGAUUAUGGCGAAGGCCACGACACAGACUUCAUUCUAACCGCCAGAGCGUACGCCAGCCUGGCAUCCUCUCCGGACGCAGCUGCCCAUCUGCUCGAUUACGGCGUGGUCGAUGUGGAGUAUCGACGAGUCCCGUGCCAGUUCGGCUCUUCAAAUCUCCUUCUCAAGGUCCACGAGCACAGCAGCUACCCGUCCUACUUGGCAGUCGUGCCCCUUUACCAAGGUGGGGCUUACGACGUGACCGGAGCCCAAGUGUGGGUGGAGGAGUGUAAAGAGUGGCGGGCCAUGCGGAGGGUGUAUGGUACAGUGUGGGACAUGGAAAAUCCGCCACUUGUCAUCGCUAAUAUUCGAUUCCAACUCAGCACGGGUGACCAGUUUGUAAAGUGGGUGGAGUUGCUACGUGUCAUCCCGAAUGAGUGGAAGGCCGGGGUCGUAUAUGAUACCGGCCUUCAACUUGUUUAAAUUAUUAUAUUAUAUUUAUAGUUAUAUAUAUGUGUGUAUGUGUGUGUUAUAUAAAGGAAAGUAAUGUUUCAUUUUUAGUGUUCCCUUUGGGUUUGUUUUCUCUUACAUUGUGACUUGGUGCAAAAUAGGGACCUUAAAUUGGGUUGACCUUCCCUAUGUUUAUGUGUAAUAAUAAUAGUCAACCACUUGUUAGUAGUGUAUUUCAUGAUGAUAUGAAUAAAAAUAUUGUUAAAAUUGAUUGUUGCUCUUUUAUAAUAUGUGGAUUAUCAUUUGAUGUCCACAUGUAUUUCAGAU